AUGUUAUCUAUAGCUAUGCUAUCUUCUCUCGCGGUGGUGUUUGCUUCUAGCGUCGCAUAUUUCUUACACCUGGGUUAUCAGAAGCGGAAGCUUGUCUAUCAGUUGCGAAGAGAUGGCAUCCCAACUGUCGACGGUUGGAGCUGGUGGACUGGCCAUCUCCUGGUAUUGGACGGCUUUUUGAAGAAAAUGCCCUCGGAUGUCAAUGUUCUUGAUGCGUGGCUAGAGUUGUUCGAGCGCGAUCCUGAUACGAAUGUAUUGCUCGUGGACUUGUGGCCGAUGUAUCCACCACAUCUAAUGGUGUGGGAUCCUGAAGCCGCGAACCAGAUCACAGUAAAAUACAACUUGGGCAAGCCCGCUGGCCAGCACAAGGGUUUCACGCCGGUUGUUGGAGGGGAAAGUAUGAUUACGAUGAGCCAUGAGGCAUGGAAGCCCCUUAGAGCUCUCUUCAACCCGGGUUUCAGUGGCAGUCACAUGGCAGAACUGAUUCCUGCUGUUGUUGACUCCGUGGAGGUGUUUUGCGAGUUACUACGCAAGAGCGCUGGCUCAGCUCUGGUCUCUCUCGACGACUUAGCAUCGCGACUUACUAUGGACAUCAUCACGAAAGUUACACUGGAUACUAAUCUGGACAAUCAGCGGGAAGAGCACUGCGCUUCCAAAGCUCUCAAUACGAUCCUCGAUUGGCACUCGUUCUGGGAUCCGCGCAUUCUGCUCAACCCACUGCGGCCCUUCGUUCAGUGGUAUUACGGCUCGAUCUUGGAUACAUUCCUUCGCACAGAGCUUCAGAAGCGUUAUCUAGAAAUGAAGGACACCUCAACUUCGGUAAAGGCGAGCGGUACGAGAAGAGGUAAAUCCGUUAUCGCCCUUGCGUUAGAUGAUUAUUUGAAGCAACAGCGUAUUGGUUCUUCAGAAGUAGCAUUGCCUCAGCAGGUCGAUGAAAGUUUCGCGCGCCUAGCCACUACUCAAAUCCGUCUAUUCAUCUUUGCUGGAAACGACUCAACAUCAAGUACCAUUGUGUAUGCCCAUCAUAUGCUGCACAAACACCCGGGAGCGAUGGCUCGCCUUCGGAGAGAGCAUGACGAGGUCUUCGGCAGCACUGAUGCUGCCGCGCAGCUCAAGGAGAAGCCGGCGCUCAUCAACAAAUGUCGCUAUACGCUCGCCAUCAUUAAGGAAGUUAUCCGUCUGUUCCCUCCUGCAGGUGCUGUCCGGGGCACGCGACACGGGGUGUCAAUCCAAGAUCAGAACGAUAGGUCCUAUCCCGUGAGCCACCUCGAAAGCAUGAUCUUACAUGGGAUCCUACACAGACAUCCGCGCUAUUGGGUGCGACCCGAUGAUUUCUUACCUGAACGUUGGCUGGUGGACGCCGGACACGAGCUAUACCCGCCACAGAAUGGAGCCUACCGCCCAUUCGAGCAUGGAUCGCGAAAUUGCAUUGGACAAGCACUGGUCAUGAACGAACUACGCAUCGUUUUGAUUCUCACCGCCCGCACUUUUGACAUUGCGCCGGCAUACGAGGAAUGGGAGGCUAAACAAAGAGCACGAGAAAGCUGGUGGACGAAACUCAUGCGCUCUAAAAAUCCUCCGAUCAAGACAGUGAGGGGCGAAAGAGCAUAUCAAACUGGAAGGGCAGGUGCGCAUCCCGCCGAUAGAUAUCCUUGUCACGUAAAACUCGUUGACCGACAGUCACAAUCACAUGCCAUGGGAUAA